GCUUACACUUUGUGAUCUCUGAUAUUGAAGAGUAUAAGAUUCGCACAUGGCAUCCUGUCACAAGCUACGGCCGUGCAACUCCGAGCAGUCCUUAGUUGCAUGAGUCAGGUCAUGUAAAGCCGACCGUGGCUCGAGCACAACCAAGCAGCAGGGCGCUUGGUCGCAGGUUUAUAUGACGUCAUAGGUAACUCUUCCUCUACUCUACCUAACAACUGCUCUCGCUACUCUUCCGCAUUUGCAGAUCACGGUUUCGCUCUGUCAUUUAGCUCUUCGCUAUGGGUAUACGAGACACACGAAUUAGUUGGUCAAUCUUGCGAGCCCUGUUCAACGAUAACGACCACGAUAAUCGCGGGCUGCUCGCCCGCAUUCUCUCCUUCUUCGCCUUGUUCCAGCUGGUUCUCGCGCGCUUCUGUGGCACUGCCUUCAAGCGCUUGCGUAAGGAUGCUUGGGGUCUCGAUGAGGACGAAUAUAGAGAAAGCUUUAGGAUGGCCGAUAAGAGGGGCAAGCUGAAUUCAGUUGGUGACUUGGGCUACAGUGGCUCGACUUUCUUUACAACUCCCAACUCAAAAUUUCUCAUCAAAUCUCUUCCACGACACUUUGAGCACACCUUCUUUACCGACGAUCUGUUUGGCCCAUACGUUACUUACAUGGAAGACCACGUAUCAAGCCUUCUUGUUCGCAUCACAGACUUCCUCGAGGCUCUCGGCCCAACACUUGGCAGUGCAAUAGGCACAGCACCUGCGCACCAUGUUGUAAUGGAGAACAUACUUUAUGGCAAGGACGUCGAUCUCCAGAAAGACAAAUGGGAAACCUACGACCUGAAGCCUGCGAGUUACUUCUAUCCUGAGAGGGAUGUUGCGGGCGGAAUGCUUGCUCCAGAAAGUGUCAAAGAGAGGCUUGUGGACAAGUUUCCCGACAAAAUUAGGAUCACCUGCGAGAUGCGCGAUGAGUUGCUCUCUCUCUUGAAUGAUGAUACAGCGCUCUUGAGCUCUGCGAAUGCGGUUGAUUACUCUCUAUUUCUUAUACGCUACCCAGCUACCCCAAGCCGGAAAACGUCCUCUCUCAGAUCUCGCACAAGCAGUUGGCGGACUGGGGUGACUUCCAGCGACGGCCAGUGGAUAUACAGAGCUGUUGUGCUGGAUUUCUUCUGGGCCAAGCACAAGAUGCAGCCAAAGGUUAUGACGAGUUUGAUAAAGCUUUUCAAUGUCUUUUUUAAGAAGGGGCCUAUGAGUAUAACAACAAAUCCUGAGGAGUACAGGAUGCGGUUCCUUGAAAUGGUUAAAGGAUAUAUCGAGGUUCCAUGACAUGAUUAAUGCCUUUACCUGGUUUCUUACUACUAAGAGGG